GGUAAUUAAAAAAAACGGCAUCGCGACAAUCCAACGGCUGAAAAAGUUUUGCUUGAAGAAGAGACCAAAAAAUCGUCACUUCCUUUUCUCGAACCUUCCCACCACUUCAUCAUCUCUAUAAACACACACUUUCCUCUUCCCAAUACCUCUCUCACUCUGUAUCCAACUUUCUUCAACAGACCAUGGCUUCUUUCACCAGCAAAUACGCCGAUGAGCUGAUCGCUAACGCUGCCUACAUCGGCACACCCGGAAAGGGCAUCCUCGCAGCAGACGAAUCAACCGGCACAAUCGGAAAGCGUCUUUCAAGCAUCAACGUAGAGAACGUCGAGUCCAACAGACGUGCUCUCCGUGAGCUUCUCUUCACUACUUCAGGCGCACUUCCUUGUCUAAGUGGCGUCAUCCUCUUUGAAGAAACUCUAUACCAAAAAAGCUCCAACGGGACCCCUUUUGUGGAUAUUCUGAAGGAAGGAGGAGUCUUACCUGGCAUCAAAGUCGACAAGGGCACCGUUUCUCUACCAGGAACCAACGGCGAGACCACCACACAGGGUCUCGACGGUCUCGGCGAGCGUUGCAAGAAGUACUACGAGGCCGGUGCUCGUUUCGCCAAGUGGCGCGCGGUGCUCAAGAUCGGCCCCAACGAGCCAUCAGAGUUAGCCAUCCGCGAGAACGCUUACGGGCUCGCUAGAUACGCUGCCAUCUGUCAGGAGAACGGUCUUGUCCCCAUCGUGGAGCCUGAGAUUCUCGUUGACGGUUCUCAUGACAUUCAGAAGUGCGCGGAGGCGACGGAGCGUGUCUUAGCAGCUUGCUACAAGGCCCUGAGCGAUCACCAUGUCAUGCUCGAAGGAACGCUUCUGAAACCGAACAUGGUGACUCCGGGAUCAGAGAGUGGUAAAGUUGCGCCGGAGGUUGUUGCGGAGUACACUGUCCGCGCUCUUCAGAGGACGGUGCCUGCGGCUGUCCCGGCUGUGGUGUUCUUGUCGGGAGGACAGAGCGAGGAAGAGGCGACGAGGAACCUGAACGCGAUGAAUCAGCUGAAGACGAAGAAGCCUUGGUCGCUUUCGUUUUCGUUUGGGAGGGCGCUUCAGCAGAGCACGUUGAAGACUUGGGGAGGGAAAGAGGAGAAUGUGAAGAAGGCGCAAGAGGCGUUCUUGGUUAGGUGCAAGGCUAACUCUGAGGCUACUCUUGGUGUUUACAAAGGUGAUGCUCAGCUUGGUGAAGGUGCGGCAGAGAGCCUUCACGUUAAGGACUACAAGUACUGAAGGAUGAGUUUAGUACUCAAGGAUCCGUAGUUUUUUCAUAUCAUCGUUUGUGUUUUGUGUUUCCCCUUAAAAAGUAAAAAAACCACCAGUACUUAAUAAUCUAUUGCAGGCUUAUGUGUGUGUUUUGUUUAAAAGAGUGGCAAGUUAUGCUGACAUGUCAAGGUUUGCUACUACAGACCACCACCUGCUAUGCUUUUACAUCAUCAUACUAUAUA